UAUUACCGCCUCUGCGCCAAGGCCGCCGCCAAGAAGCCGAAGAAGGCGGCGGGCGGCUCCAAAGCCCGCAAGCCCUCGGGCCCCAGCGUCACCGAGCUGAUCACCAAGGCCGUGUCCGCCUCCAAGGAGCGCAAGGGGCUCUCGCUGGCCGCGCUCAAGAAGGCGCUGGCCGCCGGCGGCUACGACGUGGAGAAGAACAACAGCCGCAUCAAGCUGGGGCUCAAGAGCCUCGUCAGCAAGGGCACCCUGGUGCAGACCAAGGGCACCGGCGCCUCCGGCUCUUUCAUGCUAACAAACCCGGGGAAGUACAAGCAGAAGGCGCCCAGGAAAAAGCUGGUGGCCAAGAAGCCCGUCGGCCCCUCCAAGAGGUUGGCAGAAGCAACAGCAACAAGAAGAAGAAAAGACAAUAAACAGUGCUCCAAGGGAGCCAAGAAGCCAGCGGCCAAGAGUCCCAAGUCCGAAAGGCGUUCACUUGGCUUUGGCCUUGUGGCUGUCGGUCUUCUUGGGCAGCAGCACGGCCUGGAUGUUGGGCAGCACGCCGCCCUGCGCGAUGGUCACCUUGCCCAGCAGCUUGUUGAGCUCCUCGUCGUUGCGGAUGGCGAGCUGCAGGUGGCGGGGGAUGAUGCGCGUCUUCUUGUUGUCGCGCGCCGCGUUGCCCGCCAGCUCCAGGAUCUCGGCCGUCAGUCCGCGCCCGCGCCCAAGAAGGGCUCCAAGAAGGCGGUGACCAAGACGCAGAAGAAGGGCGACAAGAAGCGCCGUAAGAGCCGCAAGGAGAGCUACUCGAUCUACGUGUACAAGGUGCUGAAGCAGGUGCACCCCGACACGGGCAUCUCGUCCAAGGCCAUGGGCAUCAUGAACUCCUUCGUCAACGACAUCUUCGAGCGCAUCGCCGGCGAGGCGUCGCGCCUGGCGCACUACAACAAGCGCUCCACCAUCACCUCGCGGGAGAUCCAGACGGCCGUGCGGCUCCUGCUGCCCGGCGAGCUGGCCAAGCACGCCGUCUCCGAGGGCACCAAGGCUGUCACCAAGUACACCAGCUCUAAAGCCUUUGGGUCGAGAGGGUCCGGCGCCAAGUGCAGGAGUAGCUUACUUGGAGCUGGUGUACUUGGCGACAGCCUUGGUGCCCUCGGAGACGGCGUGCUUGACCAGCUCACCGGGCAGCAGGAGCUGCUGGGCAGAAGGAGCCGCACGGGCGUCUGGAUCUCCCGCGAGCCCUCGCCAUCUUUCGUGUCGCCCUUCUUGGGCGCCGAGGGGACGAAGGCCUUGGAGCCCUUCUUGGGUGGGAAUUCGGCCGGUCCGGGCUCAGCAGCGACAAGAGCUCGCGUUCGAGCGUUCUGGCGGCAACCGGGCGCGCUCUUCCCUUUAUUGGGCGCCGAAAGCCGGUGGAAGCGCUAUCGCUGCGAUGUGCGAGUCCCCGUCAGCCCGCUGCGGUGCGUCAGUCCCUACGAUCGCAGUGUAAUGUGUAUGUCGGUCGGCAGGGUGCGAUGUCUGUGUCCCUGCGAGCCCGGUGCGAUGCGUGUGUCUGUCUGCAGGGUGCGAUAUGUGUGUUUCUGCGAGCUCGCUGCGUUGUCUGUGAUUCUGCGAUCGCGGUGUGAUGUGUGUGUGUGUCUGCGAUCCCGGUGCGAAGUUGUGUCGGUGGGCACAAUUGGAAAUGUGUGUCGGCAGAGUGCGAUGUGCUCGUCGGCGGCAGAGCGAGCAGUGCGUGAACGUGAAACGGUUGUCACUGUGCCGCUGAUCUCAGCAGCAUUGUUAAAAUUUAAAAAGAAAAAUAAAAAAUCUGACCGUCCCAGGUCUCUGCAAUCCCAAAACUCACGGACUACAGACUUGCCUAUAACUCAUUUAAACUCCCAGCUAACAGAAAUGCUGCAGGAUGAAAAUACCUUCCCUCGCCUGCAGCUCUGUGAGAAACGGGGUGUCCUGGUCGCAGGUUUUGCACCAAAAACACGGUUUUUUUAUCCCCGAAGAAACACAAGCCGAGCGGCGGAGAAGAAGAAGCCGGCAGCCAAGCCCAAGAAGCCGGCGGCCAAGAAGCCCGCGAGCGCCGCCAAGAAGCCCAAGAAGGCGGCGGCGGUGAAGAAGAGCCCCAAGAAGGCGAAGAAGCCGGCGGCCGCCGCGGCCAAGAAAGCGGCCAAGAGCCCCAAGAAGGCGGCCAAGGCUGCGAAGCCCAAGAAGGCAGCGAAGAGCCCGGCCAAGGCGAAGGCGGUGAAGCCCAAGCCUGCCAAGCCCAAGGCGACCAAGCCCAAAGCGACCAAGGCGAAGAAGGCGGCGCCCAAGAAGAAGUAA